ACAUGAGUACCAACAGCAGCAGCAGCAGUGAGGAUGAGCUCCAGGGCUUGGUGGGGCCGUCGUUCCGCCCCGCCACGUCCUUUGCCCUGAACAGUGGUGCCUCCACCGACGUCGACACAGAAGAUGUUUCCUUGGAUUCGGUCCUAAUAGUACCUCCACAAACCAGCCUAAGGCGACAACAACUUGCCCAACGUGACCGAGAGAUCAAGGCCGGCUUGGACGAAAAGUCCCGUGUUCUGGACGCCCGGAGGGCCAAGAUUCGCAAGUUGAAGCACCAGCUUUUGGUCGAAUUGAGACAUGACGGUACUGUCUCAUCCUCUACCAGAAAAUCAUACUACACCAAACUCGCAGAUCGGUUGGUGGCCGAAAGCACGGACCCUCAAUCAUACACACGGCGGUUCUACUUGUUUGAUUGCAUCCGUGACACGCCUCUGCCGUGUCCGGCACCGUUUGCAGACCCGGUUUGCUUUUUAUCGGCGUUUGUGGCGUCCCCGACGCCAUUUUCAGGACUCACGUCAGUGCCAGAUCUUCAAAGAAUCGACCAGUACCUAACCAGCAUGUUGAACGAGGGCGUGGUGCUGUUCAAUGGCGGGCUUGAGUGGGAUUUUCUGGACUUGGGGGUAAUUGGGGGUCUGGUGAAAGGGCCUCUCACAUUUAAAUUAAAUCACGUCAACCCUAGUUCCGACGUGAACCUCUACCGAGUGUCCAUCUUCAUCAGGUUGUGUAUUCUUGAGAAGAAGUUGGAUGAUCUGUCAGUUCCCCUGUUGUACAAGCUCUUUUUCCUCACGUUGUGCGAUGCCAACUUGGUGGCAGACCACUAUCCAAAACUAAUCAGUUGUGCUUCGCUUUUGGAUUACAUGUAUAGCCAGUAUCCGUUGGACAUCACCAAGCUCCUCACCGGUCUUAUCAAUGUCCGGUUCUACAAUCACAAGAAGAAGAUACCCAUUCAGAAACAAGCGUAUGAAAUGUGGUACAUCAUUCUCAACAUCACCAACACGGCUCUUAGGCUGGGUGACUACUCCGUGGGUAAUAGUAUUGCUCAUGCCACGCGUCACUUUCUAGAGUUUACGUCGUUGAGGCAGUUUUCGGGGGAUGUUGCUCGACUUGCUGCACAAGAGCAUCCUGAGAAUAUGCUUGAAAAUGUUGAUGUCAUCAACCAAUUCCACAAACUCCACUAUAAGCUCCGGCUUCUUAACUUUAUUAUAGAUUACGACUUCCAGGUGCUGGAACUAAAGCAGGUCAGUGCCGAUUUUUUGGCUGCGAAAAAUGCAUACCAUAAUCUUCUAGGGACUAUCACGUUUUCCAAGUCCACAAGCGACCCGUUUAACCAGAGGGCGGUUAUUUCUGAGCUCCUUGAUGAGGAUUACGUGCUUCUCGACUAUUUCCACGUCAAGUUCAGUAAAUACCAUUCGUUCUUAGCAGGCGACCGGCUUUAUCAAUAGGCACCGUUUCAUCACCGCUCAUAAAUGUACAUAAUUGCUCAUCAAUAAACACUUCAACAU